AUGAAGGUGGAGUUGGUGGUUGUGGUAGUUGUGGUUGUAGGGAUGGUGCUUGUGGAGGUGGUGGUAGUGAUAGCAUGGUGGUGGAGGUGGCAGCAUGGUAGUGGUGGUGGUGGUGUUAGUUGUGAAGGUUUUGGAGGAGGUGGUGGUUGUGGUGGUAGUGGUGGUGGAGGUGGAGGUGAAGGUGGAGUUGGUGGUGGUGGUUGUGGUGGAGGUGAAGGUGGAGUUGGUGGUGGUGGUGGUGGUGGUGGCGAUGGCGGUGGUUGUGGAGGUAGUGAAUGUGGUGGUGUAAGUGGUGGAGUUAGAUGUGGAAGUGGAGGUGGUGUUAUUUUUAAAAAUGAAUGA